AUGACCAACAACGUUAGCACGAAUGGCCAAUGGAAGUACAUUGCGAAACAAAGCGUCGAUGUUCCAUAUUCGAAACAUUUGCUCGUCGCUACCAAAAUUGGGGUUAUUUCUACCUCUCCACAGUGGGCGGAGGCUGUCAAGACUUGUAUGGAUAAUGUCAACCAGGAUCCUCCGGUUACAUGUCGCAUCUGGGUGAAACGAGCGCUUCAAGAUCUGCAGCAACAAGGAUUCAUCUGGUUCAAAGACGGCUGCAAUGAGGACAACCUGGAAAACGAGGCAUGGGUGUUGGCUCAAAAAGUCCAGCGUCCAAGCGCGAGAGUGAUGAGAAAUAGCAAUUAUAGUGAAAGAAUAUAG